AAUGACGGCGGAGGAGGAAAGGGAUACGACGGUCUUAAGCUCCCCCUGUAGUGAUCUUGUGGGAAAGCUGCUGCGGAAUGUCGCGUCGCUUCCUUUUUCCUUCUUCCACGUCCACGUUCACUUGCCGUCCUCUGCUCUGUUUUUGACGCCAUCUACUACAAAAAAGAACACCGCCACUCAUGAGGCACGGGUACUCUUUGAUAAAAGUGAAGAGGAUUGUACAGGAAAGUCGGUGGUGGCGCGACUCGCCGGUGGCUUAGAACCUGCUGUGCCCUUUGCUGUAGGAUCGCCUUUAGUUGUGCGUUGUGGGGCAACAUGUGGGAGUUCUGCAGGGUAUGAAGGUGUGGUGGCAGACGGGAUGCCGUUUGGACAUAUUCAGUGCCUUCUGCGCGUGUGUACAAGAGGGGGGAGAAGUGACGGCAGUGAAGAACCGGAGGAAGUCGCAACAAUACCCAAGGCGUGCAGCGAGCCCCCCGAAUCCCUCAUGCACGAGUCUAAAGCCUUUCCCGUGGCGACAAAUGACCGUGAGAGCAAUAAGAGAGAAAACGUUAAUGAUUGUCACGGCACUCCAAACGGAAUUUUAGAAUCAUGGAAGCUUGGCGUGAGUUUGGACCCAAAGAUACCCUUUUAUGUGAGGACGAUGACAGAAAAACGACCUGCUGCAGCCUGCACUGGCAGUACAUUUGAUGAUGUCUUGUCACCAUCUAGAUCAUGCGGUUAUACCCUGUUAGGGCGAAGGGAUUGUGAGACGUACAUUCUGCCUCAGCGCGAGUUGCUUUUUUCCUUUUAUGCUCCUGCGGAGGUGGUUACAAUGUGUGCACAACAAAAUGAAGAGCGAAUGCGGCGACAAGCGGCAUUGGGCUAUAGUGGUCCGACGCACGCGUUUGCAGAAGGUCCACGGACAGCGAGUCGACUUCUGCAGGGAGCGCAUUGCAAUCAUGUGGCGGCAGAGGAGGCAGCGGUAGCGGCGGCGUCCAAAUAUGGCACUAAUUGUGGAGCCACACCGCAAAACGGUCCUGUCGUGUAUGAAGUUCGGGCGCUGCCGGGUGACGUUGUGUUUGUCCCGCGGGGAUGGAGGUACAGUGUGGAGCGUAUUGUUGGUACGGCCAUCAUGAACGCCGCUGCCACGUCCACGCCCACAGAAGGAGUGAUGACAAGGAAGAAGACGGGAUCUGAUGUUUUGCCAUACGGAGAAAUGAGGACUGCCUUCAUGCAUAAAAAACCCUCGACGCUUGCAUCCUCGUUGGGGAAGGUGCGCAAGGUGUCUAUAAAGACAGAAUCACAACUGAGGUGCAUGGAGGCCGCGGAAAUAUGUGGAGUUAAAGUGGAGGCCUUUUUACUGUGUUACAAACCGUAUCCUGUGUUAUCUGCCGAACAGGCCGCCGCAUAUGUCCCCUCCAAUUAUGUGCGCCGUGGCGUCGAGGAGUUUUACGCCAAGGGUGGGAAUGACGUAUUUCACAAGUACGUGUAA